AUGAGUGUAAUUGACCGAGACGGAAUCACAUAUGAAUUCAUAGCCUCGGUGCAGGCAGAUGGAAGGCGCUCUCUGACGCGUGACUGGCGCCCUUUUGCAUUGACAAAGGGUCUUCGAACUGGUGAGUUGCUAAGGAUUUAUCACUCAGGGAAUGAGAAUGAGAAUAUUUUUGCCGUUCAGCUUUGCUUGGAAUUGCAUGGAGGUCAGUACAUAGUCUGGGAAACUCUUCCGGCGAAGAUUGGCUUUGGAGAAGAAGAGGAGGUUGGUACGGAUGGUACAUCGCAGGCGGUGAGAGUAAUUCAAUUUCAAUUGAACAUUGGGAUUUGGUGUGGAACAGCACACCGUAUUGGAUGGAUGGCUGUACGACAUCAUCGUUAA